AUGAAGCUCAAUUUCCUCCUUGCCGCGAUAGCGAUAGCUCCAGCAGCAUUGGCUAGAUUAUGGGGCGGAAGAGGCGGUGAUGAUGAUGACUUUGAUCCUGUCGACAGGAAGCAAACCACCACUGUUUGGGAAACAUUAUCGCUCUAUCCGUGGGAGAUGUACGCCAUCAGUACCAUCGUAUUGGUCGCGAAUAUCUACACCACCCCCGGGUACUCGACCUGGGACAUUGUCAAGACAGAUCUGUUCAGCACUACAAGCACGACAUUCACCACCACAACCGUCACCCACAUCCCUCACGUCGUCUAUACGACAACUACCAUACCAGGUGUCCCAUUGGCUUUAGCGAAGAGGAGUACCGUAUCCGAAACAGACUGGGUCACAGUCACCAGGGAUCCUGAUAAUCCAGAAGGGACGACGGAGGCAUCGUCUUCUUCAGCCACCCUCACCAAUCCCCCGAUGGGCUCACCACAGACGCCGCCGUCCUCAGCUCCCGCUACAAGUUCCCCAACGAGCUCUCUAGAGGCCCCGCCGCUAGGCAACUCAAGCACAUCAGCCUCUCAGUCUCCCUCGGCCUCCUCAACGGUGUCAGGAGCUCCGCCGAUCAACUCGACUGCUUCUUCAGAACCAGCACUAACUUCUCCUGCCACAUCCGCCGAGUCUGCUUCAAUUUCUCCCUCAUCCUCUGAAGCACCACCAGCACCUGUCACGUCUUCCAAGCCACUUUCUUCGGCAUCAUCUUCUGAGCCACUCCCUCCUCCAUCCUCUUCCGAGCCAGUCCCCAGCACACACCUGUCAGUGCCCGUCCCCUCGAGCUCCGAGGAGGCUACCUGGGAGCCUACAACUGGCUUCCCGCCAUUCACGCGCGUCGACUUCACGCCGUCGAUAACAGCACCAUUUACGUUGACAUUGAUCGAGCCCUCGGGUACAAGCAGUGUCCAUUGCGACGAUUCCUGGUGCUCCAGCGAUGGCACCUCAUACUGUAUGCGCUGGGAUGGCAUUUCGGGUACCAAUUCGGCCGGCCUCGGUACACCAGGCGAGGUUUUCACGACCAUAGGCCCGUGUACCAAGACUAUAGAGCGCCAUGUGCAGGUGUCGACCAUUCCUGCAUUUACUACCGGCCCAGCUGUGACUCCCCUUCGACCAGAUGGUCGACGGAUGCGACUUGCCUAA